AUGGCAAGAACAGUGCAGACUGCCCGUAAGGCCACCGGUGGCAAGGUGCCAAGGAAGCAGCUCGCUACUAAGGCUGCCUGCAAGAGUGCGCCGGCCACCGGCAACGUGAAGAAGCCUCACCGUUACAGGCCUGGCACCGUGGCUCUGAGGGAGAUCCGCCGUUAUCAGAAGUCUACUGAGCUGCUCAUCCGCAAGCUGCCCUUCCAGCGCCUGGUGAGAAAAAUCGCUCAGGACUUCAAGACCGACUUGCGUUUCCAGAGCGCAGCCAUCGGGGCCCUACAGGAGGCGAGCGAGGCAUACCUGAUCGGUCUGUUCGAGGACACCAACCUGUGCUCUAUCCACGCCAAGAAAGUGGCCAUCAUGCCCAAGGAUAUUCAGCUGGCCCGGCGUAUUCGCGGAGAACGCGCUUAA